AGCAUAUACCCCCGAAGUUGGAAGAUGGUUGAAGGAUAGGGUGUGGCGUCUGUAAGGGGUGUAAAACAGUCUCGCAUGUAUUCGUAUGCUGCCUAAUCACUUUUUUAUAGGUAAUUCCACUAUUUACAACAACCUGCCCCUGGCUAGGGGUAUGAAGCAAAGGAAAUGUCCACGUGGUCCAAAAAGAAAAUAAGCCGGCCUGAGGCCUUGAGGUGCGUUAUUCCAAACAGAAAUCCCCGCUUGCCCGCCAUGCACAUGUCCUUAAAUGAGUAUAUCCAGGAAAGGGGGAAGGAAAACAGAACAAGAACAGCUAAAACAAGAAACACGCCACAUUUUAUAUACUGGGCUGCCCGCCCUGCACUCUCUCCCCCAGUAUCCUCCCUCUCGUCACCUUGCCGGUCCCGCGAAGUCUCCGACUGCCUAUUGGCCGGAAAACAGCUGCCUACCGUGGUCGUCCAGCUGCAUUCCCAGGCUCCCAAGCUGCAUGUCUGGGACGCCAUAUCCGGGAGCCUCGAGGUCGCUCACUGCCUGUCCGUUGGCAGGCAGCGGCGGCGGCGGCGCGUCCGGCAUAGCCCCUUCCGUACAGGCAACCACGUUGUUGUUGUUGUUGUUGUUGUUGUUGUUGGGCUGCCGCUGCGCGGUCGGCAUGACCCCUUCCGUAAAGGCAACCCCGUUGUUGCUGGGCUGCUGUUGCACGAGCGAAAAGGUAACCCCGCCGUUGUUGUUGAACACCUACUGCACGACUGCACUAGACUCGCCCUGAAAGGCAACGCCGUUGUUGUUGGCCAGCUACUACUGCUACACAAUUAGAAAGGCAACCCCGUCGCUGUUGUUGAACUGCUGCUGCUGCUGCUGCUGCUGCUGCUGCUGCUGUCCUGGGCCGCCGCCGCAGCCGCUGUCGUCGAGUGCCGUAUCCGGGACUCUAAU